AUGUUCCUCCUGAACGAGAAAGACGAGGCUUCGUCCACCGAAGUUGAUGCGCACCAAAACCUGUCUCCUCCCCCAUACGGCCUUGAGUCUACGGCCCCCACCACCACAGUCCCACAAAAGGUAUAUUUAUCAGAGGGAUCGCAGAGUCAGACUCUGGCUAGUUCGUCGUCCGACGCAGAAACUAUCAUUGCUACCCUAUCCUCAUCCUUCGUGACACCACCCACGAACUUCCUCACCAUCCAUCAGAAGCACAGUGGAAUCAAAGACAGUUGGACUAUCGAUACCUCUCUCCAGCCUCCUCCCGCCCUCCUUGCUCGUUCUAAGAAAGGGAAAGGCAAGAAAAGAAAGAACUUGGAUGUGUUUUCUCGCCAUGGCACUGUCGAUGUGAAUGUGAAACUUGACCCAUCAUCCGAGGGUGAUAUCAGCCAGCGAGCAGCGCUCCAAGUUGGAUCGCGUCACAGUCUGGUUCAAGUUCACCUGCUACGGCCCUCGUCGCAGCCAUUCCAUCUGAAUGCGUACUCAAAACAUGGAAAAGUUCGAGUGUAUAUCCCCAGAGAUUUUCACGGAUUGGUUGAACACAAGGGGAAAAUAAUCUUCUCCCCUUCCCUCCUUCCUAAAGUCACGUCGUUCUACAAUGAAAAGGGAAAGGGAAAUAGUUUCAUUGGUGAUUGGAGAACUACUUCUCCUAAUCAACCUUCUAUGUCUGCAUUCAAUUCUCCAUCCGAUUGGAACGGGGAUCAUCUCGAAUUAUCCUCGAAACAUGGUACACUUUACGUCCACUAUAUUGAUGAAGAGAAGAAGGAACAAGCUGGGACGACAUCUCUCUUCAAAUGGCUUAAAUCCUUUGGGUGUGAUGACCACUAG